AUGAUUCCGCAAAUACGUGCGCAAGAACUGGCUUUAUGGUUCACAAUUGGAGCUUUUAUUUCACUCAUUUUUUAUGUGACUACACCUAUUUAUUUGCUACAUUUAUUACUUUCCGAAUUCUCUUCAACUUUUUUGUCUGAAAAACAAAAUUCAACGCCAAAAAGUGAGACAGUUCAACCAAGUUAUACUUUGAGGCUUUUACAUGCUCCGAUUUUUCUUCCACUUCAUGAACAUAUCAAUGCUGGAAUUACUCCCGUCCUUCCUGGCCUUAAUCUUCCACUUUCCCAUAUGCCCAUUUUUGUUGCUGUUUUAAUUAUUGCAAGUAUUUUACAUGAAGCUGGACAUGCAAUAGCUGCAGCAAGUUCAAAUGUAAGGGUUACUGGACUUGGAUUUUUUGUUUUUGCUAUUUAUCCGGGUGCUUUUACUGAAGUAGAACCGACAGAAUUGGAUCGCUGUUCCUGUGCUCAAAAAUUGCGAAUUUAUGGUGCUGGAGUGUGGCAUAAUAUUAUCCUUGCCUUUUUUGGAUUCUUUUUGCUUUUACUAAUUCCUGUGAUAUUCAAACCUUUUUAUUCUAACAAUGCGGGUGUUGUUGUGACAGGUAUAUCUCCACGUUCUGGUCUUUACGGUCAAACAGGCCUUCAACUUGGGCAUCAAAUUCUUCGUGUCAACCAAUGUAAGGUACGCAACUCUGAAGACUGGUUUGAUUGUUUAAGUGGUAAAAUCAGUACAAAUCAUUCAAUUGGAUUUUUGGCUCAAUAUCGUGCAGUUUCGAGAAUGACAGCUUCAGAAGAUAAAGUUGCCCGUUCAGAAGGGGAAGUUCAAUGCUGCUCUGAAUUUAAUGUUACCAACACUACACAUAUAUGUUUUCGAUAUUUAUCGCCUAUUAAAAAAAGCACAACGCAACCACCAACAGUUCAAAAGCCAAUAUUUCCUGAAUUUCCAGAUUUUGAGGCUGAAUUUGGUGUUCAAAAACGUCAAAAAAGGGCAACAGAUUUAAAAACGCGUUUGCUUUCUUUAAAUGAAGCUACAACUCGUCAACCUAAUAUAAAUGUGAAGGAUGACCCUCUUACUUCAAUAGAUUAUUCACAUGCUUGUCUUCCUGCAAUGCAAGUCACUGAACAUGCACAAUGCCAAAUUUCAAGUAGAAGUUCAAAGCCUUUUUCGAUUUUGCCUUAUGGUUAUGUUUGUGUUGUCCCUGCACUUUACAAUGACACAAUUCUUUUGCGUUUUCAAGUUAAAGAUCAACGGAAGCCUGUACUAUUUAUUGGUUACCUCAGCGAGCCUCUUUAUUUGGUUGGCAUUUCUGAUUUAACGCCUCGUUUUGCUUUUGUGCCUUGGUGGAUUCCUCGAAUUUUUGAGCUUUUUUCAAGUUAUUUAAUUACCUUUUCUUUGGCUAUGGGCGUUCUAAAUGCCGUUCCAUGUUAUGGACUUGAUGGCCAAUUUAUUAGCAAUACUGUUGUUAACUAUUUUUUUCAAAAUUUUUCUGCAAGUUUACGUAGACAAAUUGAAAAAUUAAUAACAUUUUGUGGAACUUUUAUUCUUUGCUCAAAUAUUUUGUUUGGUCUCGUUAAAUCAAUGGCUUAUUGA